UCUCCGUCCAACGCCAUGGAAAUGCAUCUGGCGCUCGAACGCCACCCUCAAGUCCUGAGAGCUGAAUUCCUGACCAUAUCGACUUCACUUUUCCGCCUGAGGGCAAGGUGUACUAUCCAAGGGCUCAAAGAGCAAAUGCCGUUGUUCUCCCCUCUGCAGAUUUUUGUCUUCCCCCAACACCAGAGCAAAGCCAAGUAAGAAUUCCAAAAGCCUGCGGUAUAAGCCUCCUCAACCCGUUACCGGAAACCCGAAACCGAGCCGAACCAAGCUUAUACGUCAGACAUGAAGC